AUGGGUCAUGCCAACCACCGACCUGCUGGCGAUGCUCACAGCGCUCUCCUUUGGGGCUGCCUGCUGGUAAUGAGUUGUACCCUCUAUAACUGCGCCAUCUGCCUCUACAAGCUGCAUGCUGGAAACACUGAGACGCCAUCAGAUGAAGAUUUUGGGGCAGCAGGUGUGAUUGCUGAAAGGGAAGCAACUGGGGAUAUUGAAGCGGCAGCAGUUGGGGAUAUUGAAGUGGCAGCAAUUGGGGAUAUAAGCGCAGCAGGAGGUGAGGAUAGUGAAAGGGCAGCAGUUGGGGAUAUCGAUAUAGCAGCAGGUGUGGAUGUUGUAAUGUUAGCGAUUGCGGAUAGUGAAAUAGCAGCAGUUAGUGAUGUUGAAGCGGCAGCAGCUGAGGAUAUUGAAAAGGGAGCAGGUGCUGUUGUUGAAAGGGCAGCAGUGGGGGAGAUUGAAAUUGCAGCAGAAGUUGGGAAUAUUGAAAGGGUAUUAGCUGGGGAUAUUGAGAGGAUAACAGUUGGGGAUACUCUAAGGACAGCGGAUGGGGAUGUUGGGCUGAGAAAAAGCCCUUAG